UUAAGGCACGUACAUUGCUUAGCUUUGAAUUUGCCUCUGAGCUCUGUAGCAGCAUUUGAUUAAGGAAGGGAAGAGACUGUUUCAGGGGUUUCAUUGAUUAGUAAACCUCCGAUGCAAGUAAGAUCGGGGCCGUGGUUGUUCCAAUCAUCGAUCUCGCCUCUCGAGAUCGCACCUCCAUGGCUACUUCAAUCCGCGAGGCGUGCUUAGGUUACGGAUUCUUUUACCUGGUUAAUCACGGCGUGGAAGACGAGUUGGUGCAGAGAGUGUUUGAUGAAAGCACCAAGUUCUUCUCUCUGCCCAUCGAGGAGAAGAUGAAACUUUCUCGGAAGGCGCACAGGGGUUACUCCCCUCUCUAUGCUGAGAAGCUCGAUCCGACUGGCUCAAGUUCUAAAGGUUUUUUUCGGGAUGCAAAAGAGGGGUAUGAUAUUGGCCCUUUGUCAGGCAAGGGAACUGAAGCUGAAUUAAAUCAGUGGCCUUCAAGAGUGCUGUUUCCUUCUUGGAGAGCUACAAUGGAAUCCUUCCAAGAGAAAGCCCUGCUUGCUGCAAGACAGUCAACGUCUUUGAUUGCUUUGGCUUUGAAUCUGGAUGAAACCUUCUUUGAGAAAAUUGGUGCCUUCAAUAAUCCAUCGAGAUUUCUUCGACUUCUGCAUUAUCCAGGUGACUUGAGAUCUCCCGAUGAAGAACUAUGUGGUGCUUCUGCACAUUCAGAUUUUGGGAUGCUCACUCUCCUUACCAAUGGGGUUCCCGGGCUUCAGAUAUGUAAAGAAAAGUUUGAUCAACCACGAGUUUGGGAAGAUGUUCUCCAUAUAGACAAGGCAUUCAUUGUCAAUGUUGGGGACAUGUUGGAAAGGUGGACUAACUGUUUGUUCCGGUCAACUCUACAUCGAGUGACUCCAGUUGGAGAAGAACGCUAUUCGGUGGUUUUCUUCUUGAAUCCCGAUGAAGAUUGUGUUGUGGAAUGUAUUCAAAGUUGUUGUACUGAGUCAUCUCCCCCAAGGUAUCGAUAUUUCCCUCCUUUUAUAAUAUUAUCUCCAAAAAGCCCAUAAAUGGCGACCUAGUCGGCAAAAGUUUGUAGUCUCUUGGUCAUACUGGUUUAGAGGUCUUAAGUUCAAAUCUUUCGGUGAAUUUAAUACCAAAAAAUCUUGAAGUCUUCUAGGUUCGGGCCUUGGGACAAACGUGAGUGCCUGUAAGUAUAGGGAAGCAAAGCUCUGACUUCUAAUUGUUAAAAAAAAAAAAAAA